CGCCUCCAUCUUUCACUCGGUUUAUCUCUACAGUUCCCAAAAAGACCCAUUCUUCACUCUAUGGUUCAGCCCCUACCCCAAAGGUAUCUCUUUCUUCUUGCAAUCUGUCGGCUACCCAUUUCUGCAAAUCAUCCAACUUUCCUGCCCAGAUGAUCAAGUUCUGAUUUUUUUUUCAUGCAAGUUUUUUUUCUGGUUUCUUUUAAAUAGCUUUCAGUAUCUUUGUUUUCUGGGAUUUUCUUUCGAAGUGUAGCUGUUCAUAUUCGUUCCCUUUUUUAGGGUUUCUCCUAGUCUUCUCAGCUCAUCUUUUAGGGUUUUAAACAAGGAAAGUGGGUUUUAGGCUUAGCCUCCAGAUUUGUGCUGACGAGUAAGUGUCUAUAUUUUUUGAAUUUAUUUGAUAGCCCGGUUCUUUUGGAUGCCCUCAAUGUCUGAAAUGGGCAUAUUUUCCUCAAGGUUUCUUUUUUGUAUAAUGACCAUUUCAAUGUUCCUUUUGAUCCUUUCUUCCGUGUUCCUUCUGCAAUUUGGCAAUACAUCUCUUUUACCUCGAUCCGUUUUCAAAUUGAUUCUUGUCAAUGGCACUGUUUUCUUGAAAUCAAAUGUUAAAAAUGAGCUAAAAUUACCUUUCUUCUCAUCUGAGUCUGCACAAGUUGAUGCUCAGGCCCCAGUGAGAAAGGGAGAUUCGACAUGUCAUAAGCCGAAUUAUGGGAAGGAAAUUUGCUUUUCUAGGCAGCGAAAUAUAGAGUCCUGCAAUGCCGAUCAAGCUCUUUUAAGGGUGUAUAUGUAUGACUUGCCUUCUGAAUUUCACUUUAGGUUAUUGGGUUGGAAAGGAAAAUCGAAUCAGGUUUGGCCGGAGGUAAACGAUCCGAGUAGAAUUCCAGCGUACCCUGGAGGGUUGAAUUUGCAGCAUAGCAUGGAGUACUGGCUCACCCUUGAUCUUCUAUCUUCGAACACACCGAGUGUGGUCAGACCUUGUGCUGCAAUCAGAGUUACAAAUUCGAGUCAAGCUGACAUAAUUUUUGUGCCAUUCUUUGCAUCUCUCAGUUACAAUCGGCAUUCCAAACUUCGAGGAAAGGAGAAAGUUAGUGUUAAUAAAUUGCUGCAGGAUAAAUUAGUUAAGUUCCUGACCGCACAGAGUGAAUGGAAGCGAUUCGGGGGGAAGGACCACUUAAUUGUGGCCCACCAUCCGAAUAGCAUGUUGGAUGCAAGAAGGAAAGUCGGUUCUGCUAUGUUUGUGCUUGCAGAUUUCGGGAGAUACCCUGCUGAAAUAGCAAACAUUGAGAAGGAUGUAAUUGCUCCUUACAGGCAUGUCGUGAAGACAAUUCCAAGUGUUGAUUCGGCCCCAUUUGAGAAACGCCCGACACUGGUCUUUUUCCAAGGAGCGAUAUACAGGAAAGAUGGAGGUGCUAUUCGGCAAGAACUUUAUUACCUUCUCAAAGACGAGAAAGAUGUACACUUUGCAUUUGGCACCAUUCAAGGGAAUGGAGUCAGCCAAGCCGGGCACGGGAUGGCAUCAUCCAAAUUCUGCCUCAAUAUUGCCGGUGAUACGCCUUCUUCGAACCGUUUGUUUGAUGCUAUUGUCAGCCAUUGCAUUCCUGUUAUUAUAAGUGAUGAGAUUGAGAUGCCAUUUGAAGAUGUUAUCGACUACUCAGAAAUUUGCAUUUUCAUUCGUGCAUCUGAUGCCGUGAAGAAGGGAUAUCUACUAAACCUUCUCAGAGGAAUUACGAAAGAUCAGUGGACCAAGAUGUGGGAAAAACUGAAGGAGACUGUUCGACAUUUUCAGUAUCAGUACCCGUCCCAGCCUUGCGAUGCUGUUGAUAUGAUUUGGGAGGCAGUUGCACAGAAGGUUUCUUCUGUACGAUUAAGAAUUCACAGGGAGAGCAGAUAUUACAGAUCAGAGCGGAUAAACUGAGCACCUGGUCCAAUGAUUGAGAUGUUGUUAACCUUGCAUUUUAUGGAAAUCAACCGAUUUACAGCUUGUUGUACAUUUAAAAGAAAAACUUUAAAAUGA